AUGGAGUAUUCACGACUCCCCAUGCUCCCGAUCCCAGCCUCCAUUCGGCGUCGGUUGUCCCGAAUUUACCCUGCGCACAAGGCUGUAACCAAUGACGAGCUGAGCGGGGCUCUGCGACACAAUGCCCUUGUUUCUUCAUCGGAACCACACCUGCCUUUUAACAGCCAACACUUGAAGCUAGCCGCUAUCGAACCACAGCGGCCAUCAACGGCCAGUGAUGACCUGGACUCAUUCGAAUUUGUAUCACGAGAGUCUAACAGUCCCUCUCUAGAGGAUACGGGAUGCUCAGCAAAUUAUGAGACCAAUUCUGGGCUGCGAUGGAAUCGAGUGGUACCAGCAUUUAAUCUACUUCGAAAUGCAGGGUAUGAAGCCCAGCAGUCACACGCAGAUGGUCGUCUAGUUCGGUCUCUCUAUAUCAAUGCUCUGAUGUAUCUGCUGGAUGCAUUGCCUUCCGAUAUAACGACGGAGGAAGCACGUAUGCUACAGCAUCGUCUACCAGAAACGGUCAAAGUUUCAAUAGAAGCGUCGUCGUCGUCACAGAUUGCAUAUCAGGAAGGGUCUCCUUCUCCAAGAGACAUCUCGCCGCCCAGAUCAUACCUCCAUCGGCUUCUUGCAUCUCUUAUUGUCCAAUUUUUUCUUCUUCUGCGGUUUAUCCUCCCCUAUUUCAAGCUAUUCUUGCGCCAAGUCUACGAAUAUGAACGUUCACAUCGAAUUACCGAACGAAUUGUCACAACAACACUUGAUGCAGCGGAUGGGCUAGGCAAGAGCAGCGUCAACUUCGGUUCAGCUGUUUGCCAACUCAAUGAAGGCAGGGUUGGAACAGCAGUGGGUAACCUUGCAGCCUGGUGGGUGGAAGGUAUUGCCGGGGGAAUAUAUGAGGGUGUUGGUGAAGGUAUGGUGCACUUGGGGUUGUUAAAACCAGGAUUAGAACUGGAUAGAUUGGCUUUGCGGAUAGACAGGCGUUGA